AUGCAGUCAAGAACUGUAAAUCCACAGAAAGAAAAAGUGAAAAUCACAGAAACCAACCUUACUUCAGUGGAGGGCUUUGUUCUCUUGGGCUUUUCUGAUAUUCCCACAUUGCACUGGUUUCUCUUUGGAACAUUCUUAGUCAUCUACCUGAUUAUCCUGCUGGGGAAUGGCAUCAUCAUUCUAAUAACGAGGGUAGAGCCCACUCUGAAGACUCCCAUGUACUUUUUUAUCAGUAAUUUUUCUUUCCUGGAAAUCUCUUAUGUGUCCGUCACACUUCCCAGAAUGCUUAUAGAUCUUUGGACCCAGAAGGGAAAUAUUUCUUUUUUUGCCUGUGCUACACAAAUGUGCUUUUUCCUCAUACUGGGAGCCACAGAAUGUUUCCUUCUGGUGAUGAUGGCCUAUGACCGCUAUGUGGCCAUUUGUAACCCUCUGCACUACCCUCUAGUCAUGAGCCAUAAGAUCUGUGUCCGGCUGGUAGUUGGUUGCUGGGUCAUUGCAAUUCCAUUUCAUGUAGGGCAGACCUGCCAGAUUUUCUCUCUGCCCUUCUGUGAUUCGAACCAAAUUCACCACUUCUUCUGUGACAUUCCUCCAAUGCUCAAGCUGGCCUGUGGGGACAUCUUUGUGAAUGAGAUGAUGGUUUAUGUAUUUGCUCUACUAUUUGUCACUGUUCCUUUUAUGUUGAUCCUUGGGUCCUACAGCAGAAUGAUCUCAACCAUCCUUCAGUUGCCAUCAAAUACUGGGAGGGCCAAAGCCUUUUCCACUUGCUCGUCCCACCUUAUAGUUGUACUUUUAUUCUAUGGAUCAGCCAGUAUUACCUAUUUAAACAGCAAAUCCAAUCCGUAUGAAGGAACAGACAAGCUGCUCUUUCUUUUCUACACUAUUUUGACCCCGAUGUUCAAUCCAGUGAUAUACAGUCUGCGCAAUAAAGACGUUACAGAGGCAUUAAGAAAAUUUCUUCUCAAAUCGUUAACAUUGUGA